CAUAUCAUCCGCAUCCGCCACCCAAGAUCCCCCGGCUUGUUUGCAGCAGUUCACGACUGGUAGGGUUCCGGCAAGCUCAACACCAAAAUUUAUCACACAUCAUGGCUUCACCGGUCCCGAUCCAGCGUCUCCAGGCGCCUUUGCGGAGGUCUCUUGCGCGUGCCGCCGCCCUGUCGACUCGGUCAUACGCCACCAUCCCAUCUGGCCCAUCCAGCCAGCCGACAUCGCAAGAGUCAUCAUCAGCUACAUCCGCGUCCGCGCCCGCAACCAAGCCGCGCCCGACCUACUUUAAGGACACCACUCUCGCUUCCCUCGACGACUUUAUCGCAAGCCAAUCGUCAGCCGCUCCUCUCGCACCCAGCGAAGCUUACACCCUGCGCACAGCCGAAGUCGGACCCGCCGGCAAGAAGCGUACCAUCACCCGCUUGCCUGAAUGGCUCAAGACACCUAUCCCGAGUGCUGGCGCGAACCCCGAAUUUGCCAAGAUCAAGGCCGACCUGCGCGGUCUCAAUCUUCACACAGUAUGCGAGGAGGCUAGGUGUCCCAACAUCGGCGAAUGCUGGGGCGGCUCUAACAAGGCCGCCGCGACGGCCACCAUCAUGCUCAUGGGCGACACCUGCACCCGUGGCUGCCGCUUCUGCAGCGUCAAGACAAGCCGCAAGCCGCCUCCGCUGGAUCCUCACGAGCCCGAAAACACCGCUGAGGCUCUGGCCCGCUGGGGUCUCGGCUAUGUUGUGCUGACGAGUGUCGACCGUGACGAUCUGGCCGAUGGUGGUGCCCGGCACUUUGCAGAGACGAUCCGCCGGAUCAAGCAAAAGAAGCCGACCCUGCUUGUCGAGGCCUUGACCGGUGACUUUGCUGGUGACUUGGACAUGGUCAAGAUUGUGGCGGAGAGCGGACUGGAUGUGUAUGCGCAUAACGUUGAGACUGUUGAGAACUUGACGCCUUACGUGCGUGAUCGCCGUGCCACAUUCCGCCAGAGUUUGAAGGUGUUGGAACACGUUAAGAAGGUCCGGGGUAAGGAAGGCAUUAUCACCAAGACCAGCAUCAUGCUUGGUCUGGGGGAGACUGAGGAGGAGCUCUGGGAGGCUUUGAGGGAAUUGAGGAAGGUCGACGUCGAUGUCGUUACCUUUGGACAGUACAUGCGCCCAACCAAGAGACAUCUCGCGGUCGAGAAGUACAUCACUCCCGACGAGUUCGAGCUCUGGAGGCAGCGUGCCCUUGACAUGGGCUUCCUGUACUGCGCUAGUGGUCCUCUGGUCCGUUCUUCAUACAAAGCCGGCGAGGCUUUCAUCGAGAACGUCUUGAGAAAGCGCUCCGGCGAGAAGGCUGUCUCUGAGGCUCUUGGUCAGGCGGUUGCCGCCGAGGAGGCGACUAGCAUCCAGUCCUCUUGAGGCAGCUUAUGUUAGAUGUGGUUUGCGG